AUUAUUUCUAUAUAAUAAUCUCAAACCAGUUCCAUAAGAAACCCAAUUCACCAUGAUCUCCUGCUUAAAAAGCCUUUCAUGGAGUUUGAUUGCAGUAGUACUCUUCAAUCCAAUAUGGCCAUGAACACAGAUCAUGAUCACCACUAUCUUGAAGUAGUUGAAGGUGACGAGCAUGAUAAUAAUGAUAUUCUCUAUGCAGAAAUCAGGAGACAGAUUUUGCUUUUGACAGCAGAUGAGGAGGAUGAAGAUUUUCAGAAAACCAGAAGGAGAAACUCCUCUGGUGUUGCCAAAGGAAGAAGCUCAAAAAACAGCUUAACUUCUGCUUGUAGUUAUCCUGCUAUAUUACAACCUGGAAGCUAUUUCAACUGGUGGGAAAAUGAGGAUACUAAUUCAGUGCCUGCGUGGCUCCUGAAGCUGUGGAAAAAUGGCAAUGGAACAGGAGUUUUCAUCCCUCAGAUUGUCAAAUCCAGAACUUAUUAUAAGCCAGAUCGGAUGAAUAGAAGAAUGUACAAGCGGGUCGAGAACAUGUAUCAUGAAUAAAUCAAGAGUCGAAGAACCCAGAAAUAGACUCUUACCUCAUCAUGGAAGAUGGAUGCAUGCCAAUAUGAUAGGAUGGAAAGAAAACAACUACAUAUGAUGAUCUAAAACACAGAGUACUGCAGAUCAUGAAUACUGUAAUGUUGGAAAUAAAAUCAAGUACUGCUGCAACAGUGGCAGCGCCUCUGGAAAAUUCUACCUCAUUAUUAAUCAAGACUGAUCUAUAGCAACAUGCAUGAUAAUGAAACGGAAUUAAUGGUUUGUGCAUAGCUGCUUCAAAUUAUCUAAAGCAGCAGAUCUCUCUGAUGAAAGCAAAAUAAAGUUUUUCAAGUAUGAUGAGGAAUUACAGCAUACUUCCAGUAAUUAGUCUCCGAAUUAAGUAUAUACAUUGAAUUAUGUAAGUACU